AUGGCAGAGAGACUAAAGAAACUACUGCUGAAGCUUAUAUCAGAAAACCAAAAUGGUUUCACUCCAGGCAGAGAAAUCUCAGACAGCAUCAUCCUGGUAUCCGAGGUAAUUCACUCAAUGCACAAAGAAAAUUUGAAUGAGAUGGCUAUAAAAUUGGAUGUAGAAAAGGCCUAUGAUCGAGUCCUAUGGAAUUUUCUUAUUUGUGUUCUGAAACGAUUUGGAUUUCCUUCUACAUGGAUCAAAUGUAUCAAACAAUGUAUCUCCAUGGUAAAGUUCUCAAUCUUGGUGAAUGGCAAUGUAUGUGGUUUCUUUCUGGCAUCGAAUGGCUUAAGGCAGGGCGACCCCUUGUCUCCUGCCCUGUUUGUACUAAUGGCAGACGUAUUAGAGAAUCUGAUUCAGAAAAGGCAUGUGAAUGGUGUAUGGAGGGGUAUUUGGAUCCAUGAUCAGCUAGACAAUAUCACUCAUACAUAA